AUUUAACUUCAGAUUUGCACUCUAUGGGGAGUGAGGGCAGAAACCUUGAAGGAGGGCCUGAGAUUUCAAGAAGGAGGGGCCGUCACAUUUGAAUGAGGGCAGGAAGUCAAACCAACCAAUGGCAAGAAACUCGCCCCACUCUAGCUGAGUUUUCCUUUUAGUCCUUCACUGAAGAGCCAUAAGGAAUUCUACAAGCCAAGGUAAGCAAGGGCCUUGGGGGAAAACAGGAGCCUGAUGUGCCAAAUUUCUUAAUAGUUCAUAUUUAAUCACAAAAUUCAGGUGGUUCUGUGCUUAUACAGGAAUGCCACCAUUCACACAAUAAAAGGUGAUCAUAAGUGUUUAAUGAAAUUGUAUUUUGUAUGCUUGAAGAGAUCACAUUUUUAAAAGCAAUUCCAUGAGGAAGGAAAUUUUCUGUAAAGCAAAGACUCAUCUCAACAUGAACCUAUAUUAUAAAUGUGAAUGUCUUGUAUUAGGCUUGCUUAUGCUGAGGCUCAAAUGUUUAAGUUUCUUGAUUCUUUUAUUUUGCUUUCAAAUUUAAUUAGGAUCAUUGACAUUCAUGCUGAUCAUUCUAAAUGUGGGCUUCCUUGAUUUAACUUGAAGUCUUGUUUAGCUCCAUUCCCCCCUACCCACCCAGCAAUAUUUGGGAUCUGGGCUUUUCUCAGCUCUUUUCUUCCCUAUAUCCUUCUUACUCAUACAGCUCAGUGGGGCCUCCCCCAGGCAAAAAGGAGCAGUUACCCAAGACCCUUUCUUUAAGGGACUAAGCAGGGUCUUUCUAGCCCAGGUCCUGGUUUCCUGGGUGACUCAUGGAUUCAUUCCAAUUCCCCCUGCCCUUCAUUUCUCUUCUUCUGUUUUAUUGCCCCUUCCUUAGCUAUUCACAAGAAAUACAGUUUUAUCUUUCAUUAUUUACUUUAAAUUCUGCACUAAUCUUCCUAAUUCUCGUUCUUAAAGAAAUCAACUAACUCUCUAAAGGACUUUAAUUCUGUGUUUCCUUGUAACUGGCCUUAGAAAGUCUCACCAGCCCCUCCUGAGAGAGUAACCAAUCUUUUAGCCAUGGAUCUGAGUUUGUUUUUCAGUUGAGAACAGGAGAUGGAGAAAGCAAGUGGAACACAGUCCAUUGCUCUGCCCACAGUGGACAAUGGCCUAGAGAAUCCAGGGCUGGAGCUCACGACAGAAGUAAGUCCUAAGGCAACCAAAAGGACUGAAGUGCAAGAUCACAGUUUUGAGGACAGUCUGGAGUCUCCCUCUUACCGAAGGAAGAAUGUACAGACUUUUAUCAAGGCAAGAAGUUUCUGCAGAAGACAUGCCAGCUUGUUCAAGAAGAUCCUGUUGGGCCUGUUGUGUUUGGCUUAUGCUGCCUACUUCCUAGCAGCUUGCAUCCUGGAUUUCCAGAGGGCACUGGCGUUGUUUGUUCUUACCUGUUUAGUGAUCUUUGUCCUGGUUCACAACUUUCUGAAAAAAUUAUUUGGUGAAAAAUUAAUGAGAUGUCUGAAACCCUUUAAAAACUCACGCCUGAGAUUUUGGAUGAAAUGGGUGUUCAGAGGAGCCUGUGUGGUUGGACUUAUCCUGUGGCUGGUUCUAGACACAGCACAAAGGCCAGAACAGCUGAUCUCCUUUGCAGGAAUCUGCAUGUUUAUCCUCAUCCUCUUUGUCUGUUCCAAACACCAUAGUGCGGUGUCUUGGAGGACAGUGUUUUGGGGCCUGGGUCUUCAGUUUGUUUUUGGGAUCGUGGUCAUCAGAACUUAUCCUGGAUUUAUUGCAUUUCAAUGGCUGGGAGAUCAAAUACAGAUUUUCCUGAACUACACUGUGGCUGGCUCCAGUUUUGUCUUUGGAGAUAUGCUGAUCCAAAAUAUUUUUGCUUUUCAGACCUUACCAGUCAUCCUUUUCUUUGGAUGUAUGAUGUCCAUUCUCUACUAUCUGGGCCUUGUGCAAUGGGUAGUUCAGAAGGAUGUAGAGUGUUUGAAUCAAUGUGAAAAGUCAAAUCAUCCCAAGCAUGGUGGAUAUCAAAUGAUAGCCUGGUUUUUGCAGUUCACCAUGAGAACCACCUCUACAGAGACCCUGGUUGUGGCAGGAAACAUCUUUGUGGGGAUGACAGAGGCACCUCUACUCAUCCGUCCCUACCUCGCAGACAUGACCCUCUCUGAAAUCCACACAGUGAUGACUGGAGGGUUUGCCACCAUUUCGGGCUCUGUGUUGGGAGCCUUCAUAUCCUUUGGGAUUGAUGCGUCAUCCUUGAUUUCUGCCUCUGUGAUGGCCGCCCCUUGUGCUCUUGCCUUGUCCAAGCUGGUAUAUCCAGAAGUGGAAGAGUCCAAGUUCAAGAGUGUGGAGGGGAUGAAACUGCCUCAUGGGAAGGAGAAGAAUAUCCUGGAAGCUGCCAGCAAUGGAGCCACAGAUGCCAUAGGCCUUGUUGCUAAUGUAGCAGCCAACCUGAUUGCCUUUUUAGCGGUAUUGGCCUUCAUCAAUGCUGUCCUCUCCUGGCUGGGGGAAAUGGUGGACAUUCACGGGCUCACUUUCCAGGUCAUCUGCUCCUAUGUCCUGAGGCCCAUGGUUUUCAUGAUGGGUGUAGAGUGGGCAGACUGUCCAAUAGUGGCCGAGAUAGUGGGAAUCAAGUUUUUCAUAAAUGAGUUUGUGGCCUAUCAGCAAUUGUCUCAAUACAAGGACAAACGUCUCUCUGGAGUGGAAGAGUGGAUCGAGGGUGAGAAACAGUGGAUUUCUGUGAGAAGUGAGAUCAUUACAACAUAUUCACUCUGCGGAUUUGCCAAUCUUAGUUCCAUAGGAAUAACACUGGGAGGCUUAACAUCAAUUAUACCCCAACGGAAGAGUGACCUGUCCAAGAUUGUGAUUAGAGCCCUCUUCACAGGGGCCUGUGUGUCCUUUAUCAGUGCCUGUAUAGCAGGAAUCCUCUAUGUCCCCAGGGGAGCUGAAUCUGACUGUGUUUCCUUCCUAAACACAAGUUUCACCAAUAGAACCUAUGAGACCUAUGUGUGCUGCAGAGAGCUCUUUCAGAGUACUUCUCUGAAUGGCACCAACCCACCUUCUUUUUCCGGUCCCUGGGAAGACACAGAGUUCAGUGCUUCAGCCCUUGCUAACUGCUGUGAACUCUACACCAAUGCCAUCUGUGCCUAAGGCUGAUUGGUCCAUUUCCAUAACAGUUUUGAUCUUAACAGAUGGUGAAGGCUUGCACUCAGGUUUCCCAUUCUAUAAAGAACUCACUAAUAUCAAUAAUAGUAAGUGUAAAAUAUUCAUUUUGGUUCACUAUAUCUAAAUAAUGAAAUUAGCAUUCAUCUUUUUGUUAUUUGGAUGUACCAAAUAGGAAAUUCCUCCGGCCAUCUUCAGUUUUUAUUUGAAAAAAAUUACCAUAUAUAUAAAAAAUCUUGUUCCUUGUUGUCACCUUAAAAAUUGUACAAUGCUGUGUGCUAUAAAAAUGAUUUAGUAUGUGUCAUAGGGCAGGGGUGGGGGGAACUAUUUCUUGGAGUUCAGUGGG